AUGGAGUGCAGCGACGUGGAAGCAGGGUUUGCAAAGCUACAGGGAGAGGACUUCGAGUACUACAUGCAGACAUACUCCAUAAUCUUGGGUCGUAAUUCCAAGAAAUCUUCUGUCGACCUUGAUCUCUUCUCCUUGGGAGGAGGAAUGAAUAUCAGCCGCCAACAUGCCCGCAUUUUCUACGACUUCCAACGGCGGUGCUUUACCCUCGAGGUGCUCGGGAAAAAUGGCUGUUAUGUAGAGGGCGUUCUCCAUCUCCUGGGCAGCCAUCCCGUCAAACUUGAUUCUCAGGACCUCAUCCAAAUUGGCGCCAAGGAAUUCUAUUUUCUGUUGCCCGUUCAAAGCAUUUUGGGUGGGCCCAUCGGACCGAGACAUCAUGUCAAUGAUUAUGGAAUAAGUAAUCAGUAUAAUCGUGGUGCUCAGAAUCAGCAUUUGGGGUUGCCGCCUCCACGGUGGUCGAGAGGCGUAGGGUUGGGGAAGGGGAGAGUGAGGGAGUAUUAUGAAGAGGAGUAUGAUGAGGAGGAGGGCGAUGGAGAUGAUGGUUCUGCAUCAGGUAAAAUGAUGAGAGGAGAUGAGGUUGAUGGUCCUAGUGGUUAUGAGUUCGGUUACGAUGCAUCAGGCUCUGGUGGAAAGGCUUCAAUUUCGGUGCAACUCGGUGCGUCCAGAUAUCUUGCAGAUAAAGAGAUUGAUGGAAGAUCAGAAGUUGAUAGGGAAGCUCAUAAUCAGCAGCUCCUGCAAUUAGAGAAGGAUGUUGGAUCAUCAGUGGCCACUGUGCUCACUGAUCCAUGA